AUGCUCGCCAAAUUCAUUCUGGGCCUCGUGGCGGUCUCCGCCGGUGCCUUUGCACAGGACCCCACCAUCGAGACCUCGUCCGCUUCUUCGAUCGAUGCCACCACCACUCUGUCUCAGGCUAUGCCUCCUGCCGCUACCGCUUCCUUCAAUCCCGCUCCGGUCAACUCGAGUGUGCGAUUCAACUGGUGCCGAGGUCAGCUGAACGCUUGCCCCCAGAUCUGCGGUGGUGCUGCUGCCCAGAACUUUUGCGACAGUGACCAAUUGACCUACACCUGCGUUUGUGCCAACGGCACUGCUCCCGACGUCACCUCGUUCGCCAACACUCUGCCCUUCUACAUCUGUCAGCAGACCUACAUCCAGUGUGUUGCUAACAACCCCGACGAUGCCCAGGCACAGGAGGUGUGCACCACCAACCAGCAGUGUGGCACUCGCAAUGCGACCGCUGAGGCUAUCGCUCAGACUAUGGCUAGCGAGUCGACCACCGCCACAUCGACCUCUGAAUCGAGUGGCUCGUCCGAGACUGGCUCUUCUACGGCUAGUGAGACAGCCAGCUCUACCAGCUCUGACAGCGCCGCUGUUGCCAACGUUGCUCAGCUCUCCACCGGUGCCUUUGCCCUCCUCCUUGCUGCUGCGUUCAAGCUCUUUGUUUAG